AUGGGGGAGGUGGACAAGGUGACCUGUAUCACCUACCUCUCAGUUCUGAUGAAGGCAGUGUGCCCAUCCUGCCAAGAGCUCCAGGAGCCGGCUCUGGGUCACCCAGCAAAGCGGGAUGAGGGCUGGGAGCUGCGCUCGAUCGUUACGAUGUGCCGUUGUGCCUGUAAGCAAAGUGUCAGGCCUGAGGAUAAGAAGGGACCUUGGGUCAUUGAGCUUGUAUGGGACGGGGAGGUAGCAGGUCGACCUUCUCUAUGGCAUUUCUCUAUGAAUAACUAUUACUGGGCCUUGUUGAAAUGUCCUCCCUUUGUGGCAGGGGCCGUGUUGGAGCUACAGGCUCUUCUGGGGCUCCUGGGGAUGGGCUGUGGCUUGCUGCAUGACCAAGGGGAACUGAGCUGUAGGGAGGAGUGCUUAGCCUCUCCUGUCACUGGGACAGAAGUGGGUUGGGUGAUAGUGGUCAAGAUGAUCUGUGAACUGCCGUGGCCCCCGGAGACAACAGUGGAGCUGAGUUGUGGGGCAGGGCCACUGCAAGUGAUCCUGGGCCCAGAGCAAGCUGCAGUGCUGGACUGUGGUCUGGGGGCUUCCGGACCCCCCACCAGCAUCACGUGGAGCAAGGAUGGAGGCUCUCUGCCUGAGCACGACCACCUGCGCCUGCUACCAAAUGGCUCCUUAUGGCUGUCUCAGCCACUAGCACCUGAUAGCAGUGAGGAGGCGAGCCCUGGGAACUCAGAGCUCAUUGAGGGCAACUAUUCCUGCCUGGCCCAUGGCCCCCUUGGAGCGGUGGCCAGCCAGGCCGCAGUGGUCAAGCUCGCCACACUCGCAGGCUUCUCUCUGCACCCGGAGUCUCAGGUGGUGGAGGAGGACGGGACUGCUCGGUUUGAAUGCCACAUUGAAGGGCUGCCAGCACCUGUCAUUACUUGGGAGAAGGACCAAGUGCCGGUGCCCGAGGAGCCUCGGCUCAUCAUUCUUCCCAACGGGGUCCUCCAGAUCCUGGACAUUCAGGAGAGUGACACAGGCUCCUACCGCUGCGUGGCCACCAACUCAGUCCACCGGCGCUUCAGCCAGGAGGCCCUGCUCAGUGUGGCCCCCAGAGGGUCCCUGGCGUCCACCAGGGGGCAGGACGUGGUCAUCGUGGCAGCCCCCGAGAACACCACAGUGGUUUCUGGCCAGAGCGUGGUGAUGGAAUGUGUGGCCUCAGCUGACCCCACCCCUUUCGUGUCCUGGGUCCGACAGGACGGGAAGCCCAUCUCCACGGAUGUCAUCGUCCUGGGCCGCACCAACUUGCUAAUCAGCAGCGCGCAGCCCCGACACUCGGGCGUCUACGUCUGCCGCGCUAACAAGCCCCGCACGCGCGACUUCGCCACGGCCGCCGCCGAGCUCCGCGUGCUGGCGGCCCCUGCCAUCUCGCAGGCGCCCGAGGCGCUGUCGCGGACGCGGGCGAGCACGGCGCGCUUCGUGUGUCGAGCGGCCGGGGAGCCCAGGCCCGCGCUGCGCUGGCUGCACGACGGGGCGCCGCUGCGGCCCAACGGGCGCGUCAAGGUGCAGAGCGGCGGCGGCAGCCUGGUCAUCACGCAGAUCGGCCUGCAGGACGCCGGCUACUACCAGUGCGUGGCGGAGAACAGCGCGGGCACCGCGUGCGCCGCCGCGCCCCUGGCCGUCGUGGUGCGCGAGGGGCUGCCCAGCGCCCCCACGCGGGUCACGGCCACGCCGCUGAGCAGCUCCACCGUGCUCGUGGCCUGGGAGCGGCCCGAGCUGCACAGCGAGCAGAUCAUCGGCUUCUCCCUCCACUACCAGAAGGCACGCGGCAUGGACAAUGUGGAAUACCAGUUUGCAGUGAACAAUGACACCACAGAGCUGCAGGUUCGAGACCUGGAACCCAACACCGAUUAUGAGUUCUACGUGGUGGCCUACUCCCAGCUGGGGGCCAGCCGCACCUCUACCCCAGCACUGGUCCACACACUGGAUGAUGUCCCCAGUGCAGCACCCCAGCUCUCCCUGUCCAGCCCCAACCCCUUGGACAUCAGGGUGGCGUGGCUGCCCCUGCCUCCCAGCCUGAGCAAUGGGCAGGUGGUGAAGUACAAGAUAGAGUACGGUUUGGGAAAGGAAGAUCAGGUUUUCUCCACCGAGGUGCCUGGGAAUGAAACACAGUUUACGCUGAGUUCGCUUCAGCCCAACAAAGUGUAUCGAGUACGGAUUUCGGCUGGCACAGGGGCUGGCUAUGGGACGCCCUCCCAGUGGAUGCAGCACAGGACGCCCAGUAUGCACAACCAGAGCCACGUCCCUUUUGCCCCUGCAGAGUUGAAGGUGCGGGCAAGAAUGGAGUCCCUGGUCGUGUCGUGGCAGCCUCCCCCUCACCCUGCCCAGAUCUCUGGCUACAAACUGUACUGGCGGGAGGUGGGAGCCGAGGAGGAGGAGGCCAAUGGUGAGAGUCCCCCAGGGGGCCGCGGAGACCAGGCUUGGGAUGUGGGGCCUGUCCGGCUCAAGAAGAAAGUGAAGCAGUAUGAGCUGACCCAGCUAGCCCCUGGCCGGCUGUACGAGGUGAAGCUUGUGGCAUUCAACAAACAUGAGGACGGCUACGCAGCGGUGUGGAAGGGCAAGACAGAAAAAGCUCCCACGCCAGACUUGCCCAUCCAGAGGGGACCACCCUUGCCCCCCGCCCACGUCCAUGCGGAAUCAAACAGCUCCACAUCCAUUUGGCUUCGGUGGAAAAAGCCAGACUUCACCACGGUCAAGAUUGUAAACUAUACUGUGCGCUUCAGCCCCUGGGGGCUCAGGAAUGCCUCCCUGGUCACCUAUUAUACCAGUUCUGGAGAAGACAUCCUCAUUGGUGGGCUGAAGCCGUUCACCAAAUAUGAGUUUGCAGUACAGUCCCACGGAGUGGACAUGGACGGGCCUUUCGGCUCCGUGGUGGAGCGCUCCACCCUGCCUGACCGGCCCUCAACGCCCCCAUCCGACCUGCGCCUGAGCCCCCUGACGCCAUCCACCGUUCGGCUGCACUGGUGUCCCCCGACGGAGCCCAAUGGCGAGAUCGUGGAAUAUCUGAUUCUAUACAGCAACAACCACACCCAGCCCGAGCACCAGUGGACCCUGCUCACCACGGAGGGAAACAUCUUCAGUGCUGAGGUACACGGCCUUGAGAGUGACACGAGGUACUUCUUCAAGAUGGGGGCACGCACAGAGGUGGGGCCUGGGCCCUUCUCUGGUCUGCAGGAUGUGAUCACUCUCCAGGAGAAGCUCUCAGACUCCUUGGACGUGCACUCAGUCACAGGCAUCAUUGUGGGUGUCUGCCUGGGCCUCCUCUGCCUCCUGGCCUGCAUGUGUGCCGGCCUGCGCCGCAGCCCCCACAGAGAAGCCCUCCCGGGCCUGUCCUCUACGGCCAAUGCUGGGAACCCUGCACUGUACUCUAGAGCCCGCCUUGGGCCCCCCAGCCCCCCAGCUGCCCAUGAACUGGAGUCCCUUGUGCACCCCCGUCCCCAGGACUGGUCUCCACCGCCCUCAGACAUCGAGGACAGGGCUGAAGUGCACAGCCUUAUGGGUGGCGGUGCUUCAGACUGCCGGGGUCACUCCAAAAGAAAGAUCUCCUGGGCUCAGCCAGGUGGGCCAAGCUGGGCAGGUUCCUGGGCUGGCUGUGAGCUGCCCCAAGCAGGCGCCAUGCCUUCUCUGACCCGGGCCCUGCUGCCCCCUGCUGGAACUGGGCAGACACUGUUGCUGCAGGCUCUGGUGUAUGAUGCCAUAAAGGGCAAUGGUAGGAAGAAGCCACCCCCAGCCUGCAGGAACCAGGUGGAGGCUGAAGUCAUUGUCCACUCUGACUUUAGUGCAUCCAAAGGGAACCCUGACCUCCACCUCCAGGACCUGGAACCUGAGGAUCCCCUGUCUUCGGAGGCUCCUGACCUCACUUCGAGUGUCGUGGAUCUAGGGCAAGGGGUAGACUGGCUGGACAGGGAGCUGGGAGGGUGUGAGCAGGCAACCACGGGGCCAGACAGACUUACCUGCCUGCCAGAGGCAGCCAACGCUUCUUAUCCGUACCCAGACCUCCAACCUAGUGAGGCUCUGGAGGAGACCCCUGGGAACAGCUGCCAGCCAAAGGCCCCCUGCCCUCUAGGAACCAGCCCAAGCCUGCCCAGAGCCCCAGUCUCCUCCUCUGCCUAG